AUGAAUACGUACGUUUACAGAUACGCGCUAAUUAUAGAUUUGUACUUAAAGCGCACAAGUAGCAGAGUCAAUUCUCACGUUUUACAAAGCAUACGAGAUAGUGUUCGGUGGUAUACGGACGGGACAGAAUGUUUUUACAAAUAUCUUGAUUUACCUUUGUUCACUGAUAAUGACCCACAGAAUGAGUCUUUACCACCUGUUGAAAUAAAAACUAUCAUUUCUAAAAUAAAAUAUAUGGAUGAUAAUGGUAAAAUAAAUGUUUACGACAUCAUUCCUAUGGACGCAAAAGACGAUUUUCUGAAGUGGUCCGAAACCGAACUUCCCGAUAAAGAUGACGAGUACCAUCAAUUCAACACGGUUAUAAAUAAGAAUUGCAUUGACGCUAUGGACUACAUGAAUACUUUCCUUUCGAUCGCAAUGAAGUCUUUGGACAUAAAAUCCGAAUUCUAUCCUCCUCCAAUUACGUACACCGAAUACUGCCCGGAAAAUAUAUUUAAUGUUAAUCGGUCAAAAAACCUAUAA